AAGGAAGAGUACGAAUAAAAGAGUUCCCACAAAGUUCAAUGGACUCUUUGGAGUAUGAACCGUGACAACACCACCCAGGCUGAUUCAGAUGAUAACAGAGACGAGCUUACCCAUGGAUGGUGAGAUCAAGAGCUUCAUUCAGUCUUGGCAGUCUUGCUCACCAACUUCAAGCUGCUCCUCUGUGCCUUCGAACAAGGCCCUCUCUCCACCCCCAUCUAAGCUCUUCUACCUCAUAUCUCUCGCAUGUCUUCCCAUCAAGAUCAAACAAGAAGAUGAAGAGAAAUCUCAAGAAACUCCCAAGUCAACCACUAUUAGCCCGCCGCUUCCGAGGCCAGUUUUGUUGGGCAUCAAUUUAGCGCUUUUGGAUUUCAUCACUUGUGUGUAUAGCUAUAAAAAUUAUUUGCACCAAAAUGUUCUCUUGGUGCUCUACUGUUGCCAUGUUUACCGUCAACUUGAGAUCACUUUAGCCAUAUGUGCAGCCCCCAUUAGAGCCAUUUUUGGGUUUGAGCUUGAACCACAAUUCGAUGGGCCUCACCGUGCAGCCUCACUCCAAGACUUUUGGAGUUGCAGGUGGAAUCUCAUGGUUACGAGUAUUCUACGCUCCACUAUAUACACUGUUACACGACGGGUUUCUACUCACCUGAUCGGGCGCACAUGGGCUCCUCUUCCCACUGUUAUUGCGGUAUUUGUGGUGUCGGCCUAAUGCACGAGAUACUUAAAUAUUAUAUAACACGAGCAUCUCUCAGGUGGGAGGUGACUUCAUUUUUUAAUCCUACAUGGAAUGUGUGUGAUCAUGGAGGUGGCAGUAAAGAGGGUAUCAAGUGGCUGUUACACCCAAUGGUUAUGAGGCCUCUGGUGGUGGUGUUUGUGGCAGUGACCAUCGUUUGACUGUUUUGGCCGCAACUAUUGAGGAAUGGUAACCAUAAGGGAGUUCUUAAAUACAACAGACUUUGUUAAGAACAGAUUUUAUCGAUAAAGCAACAUUCAUUAACAUUAAAACUAAGACAUGAAUUUAUUCUUUUCCGUUA